AAUAAAAAGCAUGGAUAUAUAUGUUGUAACAUGUCCGAGAUCCGGAAUGUGUUUUUUUUAGGUACACCAUUCUUGUCUCCUCCCAAAGCUUCAUCUCUCUCAACCAAUUAUUUUAAAGUAUUACUAUUUUUUUCAUUUAUAAAAAAUAAUAAUAUCUCUUUCACAUUAAAAAAUCUCUAAUAGUAUACACAAACGUUACACUUCCGCCUCGUUCUUCUCCCCAUCUCUCAUCUUCUUGAGCUUCGCUCAACCUCCUAUGGCAAGUCUCUCUCAAGUCAUUAUCUAGCUUCUUUUUUAUUAGUUCUUAUAGCUUUUUAAAUGGAUCUUGGGUCGGUAACUGGCAAUGUUAACGGGUCACCGGGUCUAAAAGAGCUUAGAGGAUCCAAACAAGACAGAUCCGGAUUCGACGGUGAGGAUUGCUUGCAACAAAGCUCGAAGCUAGCUAGAACAAUAGCUGAAGACAAACACUUGCCUUCCUCUUACGCAGCUUAUAGCAGACCAAUGUCGUUUCAUCAAGGCAUUCCUCUUACAAGAUCUGCUUCUCUUCUCUCCUCUGACUCUCGCCGGCAAGAACACAUGCUUAGCUUCUCAGAUAAACCAGAAGCUUUCGACUUCAGUAAAUACGUCGGUUUGGAUAACAACAAGAACUCUCUCUCGCCGUUUCUUCACCAGCUUCCACCUCCUUAUUGUAGAAGCUCAGGAGGAGGAUAUGGUUCUGGUGGAAUGAUGAUGAGCAUGCAAGGGAAAGGGCCUUUUACAUUGACUCAAUGGGCUGAGUUAGAGCAACAGGCCUUGAUCUAUAAGUAUAUCACAGCCAAUGUCCCUGUUCCUUCUAGUUUGCUCAUCUCUAUCCAAAAGUCCUUUUACCCUUAUAGAUCAUUUCCUCCCAGUUCCUUUGGAUGGGGAACAUUCCAUCUAGGUUUCGCAGGAGGUAAAAUGGAUCCUGAGCCAGGGAGAUGCCGUAGAACAGACGGUAAGAAAUGGCGGUGCUCAAAAGACGCUGUUCCUGAACAGAAGUACUGCGAAAGACACAUCAACAGAGGCCGUCACCGUUCAAGAAAGCCUGUGGAAGUCCAACCUGGCCAAACCGCUGCGUCCAAAGCGGUUGCAUCGCGUAACACUGCAUCACAAAUACCUAGCAACAGGUAUAUAUAUAUACAUAACGUAUCUUUUCAAUACUUUGGCAUGUUGUUAAUAGCUUGCUUACAUAUUAUUAUUGCAAAAAACAGAGUCCAGAAUGUGAUAUAUCCAUCCAACGUUAACUUGCAACCCAAGGAACAGAGAAACAACGACAACAGCCCUUUUGGGUUUGGUCACGUGACCUCUUCCUCAUUGCUCACAUCUUCGUACCUAGACUUUAGCAGCAACCAAGAGAAGCCUUCGGGGAAUCAUCACAACCAGAGCUCUUGGCCUGAAGAGCUGAAAUCGGAUUGGACGCAGCUUUCAAUGUCAAUUCCAGUUGCAUCAUCAUCUCCUUCCUCCACCGCUCAAGACAAAACCGCACUCUCGCCUCUCAGGCUAGACUUACCGAUCCAAAGCCAGCAGGAGACACUGGAGUCUGCGAGAAAGGUGAAUACGUGGAUACCAAUCUCAUGGGGGAACUCCUUAGGAGGUCCUUUAGGGGAAGUACUUAACAGCACAACGAGUAGUCCCACGUUGGGAUCUUCUCCUACAGGUGUUUUGCAGAAGUCCACGUUUUGCUCGCUUUCUAACAGCAGCUCUGUAACCAGCCCCAUUGCGGACAACAACAGAAACAACAAUGUUGACUACUUUCAUUACACAACCUGAAACUAGUCAUGAGCGGGCUGUCUUUUUUUUUUUUUUUUUUUAAUUUGUUUCUUGGUGCA